AUGUACCUGGCGAGCAGUGGCUGCCCAACCCUCGCGAAGGCGGACUUUCUUCCCUACUAUCUGAUGAAACAUGGCAGAAGCGGAGCACUGAAGGCGGCUCUUUUGAUACAAACGUGGUAUCGACGCCACCAAGCCGAACUCGAAUUGCGUCGACGAUGCGCCUGGAAGAUUUACGAGUUCUUCGAAUACACUGGAGCUGACGACCAAAGACACCCGUCUUGGCCGAUGGCAAAGAUGCGUUUGCAGUCAAAGAGCUCCUUUUCGCAGAACCUUGAGCGCCGCCUUCAGAAGGUGACAAUCGCGGGGAAGGGAGAUGCGCGGUGGAAGAACAGCACCAUUCGAUUUCACGAGUCGCAGUGGCACUCGCGCUUCAACAACGACUACAUUCAAAGUCUCAUUGAAUUUCAAAAACAAGGGAAGAUUCUGGAUUCGGACCUGGUGACGGAAGUGUUGGAGGAGGCGACCCUCAUUCUCCAGGCACUUCCAAACAUCCAGAGGGCCUCCACCACUCUUUCACAGCGCAUUACUAUCUGCGGUGAUCUCCAUGGUCAGGUGGAGGAUCUGGCUCUCAUCUUUCAAGCGGCACGUCCUUUCUCCAUUUUAUUUCAGACUUUUCCUGUUAAAUUCGCUAAUCGUAACGGCCUUCCGGACGUAUUUAAUCCAUAUGUAUUCAAUGGAGACUUCGUUGAUCGUGGCAACAAUUCCAUUGAAGUGCUGGUUAUUCUUCUCUCCUGUCUCUUGGCGCAUCCCUCAGCGGUUUUCCUCAAUCGUGGGAAUCACGAGGAUCCCAUACUGAACAAACGAUACGGAUUUGCUGAUGAAGUUCGUUCAAAGUAUCCGAAGCAAUACAAAAAAAUUUUGAAGCAGACUGAGCCCCUUUUCUGCGCCAUUCCACUCUGCACAAUCUUGGACGACGUCAUCCUCGUGUGUCAUGGAGGUAUUUCGAGAACUACCGACCUAACUAAGGUCACCAAACUCGAUAGGAAAUUGUUUUUCUCAGUCCUUCAACCCCCCCUUGAAGGGGAAAAAGCAGUCUCCAUUGACGACUGGCGACAGGUCCUCGACCUCUUGUGGAGCGAUCCGCAGUCGGCACCUGGAUGCAAACCAAACAUUAAACGUGGUGGAGGAAGUCACUUUGGCCCAGACAUCACUGCUAGCCUCCUCAAUCACCUAAAAGUCGGUAUUCUCAUACGCUCACAUGAAUGCUGUCCCAACGGCUGGAAGAUGGAUCAUAAUAAUCAGGUUCUGACUGUGUUCUCUGCCUCCAACUACUACGGGACGGACAGCAACCUUGGCGCCUUUAUCCAACUCUCCUCUAAGCGUGUAGUGGGUUCAGCUAGUGCCGCGACGCGGAUCAGUAUAAUGGAGCCUGUGAAGUGUGAACUCGAUGACCUGCCAAUGGCUCAGGCGUCUGCGAUGGGCGACGAAAGCGCCACCAUCGCCGCUUCAACCAACACCUCAGCCCGUAUCAGCUACACCCGAGUCAUGACGCCGCCGGAGAAUGGAGAGGAAACAGCAAACAGACAUAAACAGAUUGUUGAGAUACUUUUGGCGCCACGGCUGGUGAUGUUUCGGACCGGAUGGUCGAGUAAACACCAAUCUCUGCUUGGAAAAAGAAAUUUAAAUGACGCUGCCUACCGCAUGUUGCUAAGGCGAAUUCUCAGUCGUAGGGAGACCAUAGUUGCCGCCCUGUGUAAUUACGAUCCACAGCGCACCGGUGAGGUAAAAAUCACUCAGUGGUGCACAGUGAUGCUGAAGCACGCCGGUCAAAACCUACCAUGGCGUAUCCUGCGCUACUCUCUGGUCAAAUCCUCUCCCACCCGUCCCAAAACCCACGUCCUUUACAUGUCUAUGUUUGACCCCAAGCACGAGAUUUUUUCCGAAUCCACAGUGAGUCUCCCAGAUGCUUCUGCUGAUGCAGUCUCAUCCAGUCAAGGAUCGAUCUGUUCGUAG